AUGUUCCGCUUGCCAACAGUGUUACGUGUUGCUGCCGCACGACAGGUCGCUUCCAGUCGGGGCUAUGCUAAGGACGUCCGCUUUGGACCGGAAGUGCGUGCCCUUAUGCUGCAGGGUGUGGAUGUGCUAGCCGACGCUGUGGCCGUUACGAUGGGACCAAAGGGACGCAACGUCAUUCUGGAACAAAGCUGGGGUUCACCCAAAAUCACCAAAGACGGCGUGACGGUGGCAAAGGGAAUCGAGCUGAAGUGUAAAUUCCAGAACAUUGGUGCCAAGCUAGUGCAGGAUGUGGCGAACAACACGAACGAGGAAGCCGGUGACGGUACGACGACCGCAACCGUGCUGGCCCGUGCCAUCGCUAAGGAGGGCUUCGAGAAGAUCUCCAAGGGUGCCAAUCCGAUCGAGAUUCGUCGCGGUGUGAUGCUGGCCGUCGACACCGUGAAGGAGCACCUGAAGACGCUGUCGCGCAAGGUGAACACACCGGAAGAGAUUGCCCAGGUGGCAACGAUCUCGGCGAACGGUGAUCGUGCAAUUGGAGAUCUGAUCAGCGAGGCGAUGAAGCGCGUCGGCAAGGAGGGUGUUAUUACGGUGAAGGACGGCAAGACGCUGAACGAUGAGCUGGAGGUGAUCGAGGGCAUGAAGUUCGACCGUGGCUACAUUUCGCCGUACUUCAUCAACUCGAGCAAGGGCGCGAAGGUAGAGUUCCAAGAUGCGCUCGUGCUGUUCUCGGAGAAGAAAAUCUCGACCGUGCAGUCCAUCAUUCCGGCGCUUGAGAUGGCAAAUCAGCAACGCAAACCGCUCGUCAUCAUCGCGGAAGAUGUGGAUGGUGAGGCACUCAGUACGCUGGUCGUGAACCGGUUGAAGAUCGGCUUGCAGGUGGCUGCGGUGAAGGCACCAGGGUUCGGAGAUAACCGCAAGUCGACGCUCUCGGAUAUGGCCAUCAGUACCGGCGGUAUUGUGUUCGGUGAUGAUGCGAAUCUGGUGAAGCUGGAGGAUGUGCAGCUGUCGGAUCUGGGACAGGUGGGAGAGAUCACGAUCACCAAAGACGAUUGUUUGCUGCUCAAGGGACGCGGCAAGCAGGAGGAUGUAAACCGCCGGGCGGAUCAGAUCCGUGACCAGAUCGCGGAGACGACGUCCGAGUACGAGAAGGAGAAGCUGCAGGAGCGUUUGGCUCGUCUAUCGUCGGGAGUGGCCGUACUGAAGGUUGGUGGUUCGAGCGAGGUGGAGGUUAACGAAAAGAAAGAUCGUGUCAAUGAUGCGCUGUGCGCGACACGUGCCGCCGUUGAGGAGGGUAUUGUGCCCGGUGGUGGCACCGCACUGAUCCGUUGCGCACCUGCCCUGGCGAGCCUGAAGGGUGCCAACGAGGACCAGAACACGGGCAUCGAGAUUGUGCGCCGUGCGCUACGUAUGCCGUGCACACAGAUCGCCAAGAAUGCCGGCGUCGAUGGGUCAGUGGUGGUGGCGAAGGUGGAGGAACUGCAGGGUGACUUCGGAUACGAUGCGCUCAACAACGAGUACGUCAACAUGAUCGAGAAGGGCAUCAUCGAUCCGACGAAGGUCGUCCGGACGGCACUUUCCGAUGCGUCCGGUGUGGCGUCACUGCUCACCACGGCCGAAGCAGUGGUGACGGAGAUCCCGAAGGAGGAACCGGCUAACCCCAUGGGUGGAAUGGGCGGCAUGGGCGGUAUGGGUGGAAUGGGAGGAAUGGGUGGUAUGAUGUAA